AUGGCUUUCAUACACCCACGCCACAACGUUCCAGUUAACAUUUGGGGCCUUGAUUACAAUACUUCAGACGCGGAUAUCAAGGCUUUGUGUGCAAAGUACAAUCCGAUUUCAUAUGACAUUCCUCGAUACGUUGUUGACACUCCAAUUAGUUCGUGUAAAAUAGAAACGAGCUCUUCAAAGGAGUCAGAAAAGAUUAUAGAAAAGAUCAAUGGCAAAGAAUGGGAAGAAACUAAAGUCAAAAUGAUGUUCGACAAACACGACGAAACGAAGAAGACAUUGAUCUUUGGAUUUCAUCCACUUGAAAAGAACGAAGACGACAUUAAAGAAUUUUUGAGCGAAUUUGAUGUCAAAAAGGUCACACAAGGAGUGAAGACUAAAGGCGAGUUGAAGGGAGACUACGUCACUGUUGUGGUUAAAGACUACGAAACCCUCAACGAGAUGUCGAAGGAUUUGGACGGGAAAGUUGUGAGUGGAAGAACAAUCAAAGUGCUGUGUUACAAUUCGAACGGGAGUAAAAUUAAGAAGUGUUUUAUCUGCGGGAAUUACGGCCACAAGACUUCAAUGUGCCCCCAACGCGAAGAACAUAAAAACGAGAGAACAAAUGACAAGAAAGAGGGCAACAAAGCGUUGAAAUUGAAACAUAAAGAGAAGAAGAGAACGAUGAAACAACUUGAAAAAGAAAAGAAGAAGGAACGACCCGAUUCAUCUGAGAAAAAGUUUAAAAAGAGUGAGAAGAGUCAACCAAAAGAGUUGAAAAAGGAAUUAAAAGAAGAAUUAAAAGUUGAAGACAAACAAAAAGAAGAAGUAAAACCAAUUGAAAAAAAGACAAAGAAAGAAGACUACGAGGAAUUCUUAAAUACUUACGUCAAAAAAGCUAAACAAGAAAAAGAAAGAGAAGAACGAAGAGAGAAAAAUAAAUUGAAAAUCACGUUGAAGAAGGAUGACGUCAAAAAGAAUGAACCAAAUUUCGAGACUAAAAAAGUCCAAAAACACGAAGAAAAAGACCAGAAAAAAGAAGACAAAAGAAAAGGAGAAGUCAGAAAGAAUUUCUCUGCAGACAAAAAGAAGGGUAAUACUAAAAAGAGAGACUGA